AUGUCCGUGCACGUGUUCAGCAACAACGUGAAGGUUCUCAGAAACCGGAGUUUGUCAUUGGCCGUCUGCUCGUCUUCUCACUAUAGCACUGAAUCUUCUGAACCCCAUGUCAUCAAGAAUCCGUCUCUGUCUCAACUGAAAAGGGGUACCGGCGGUCGGUCGAGUUUCAAUGGAGUGGUGGCCACCGUUUUUGGAGCGACCGGACUUUUGGGCGGUAGUCUCAUCAACAAAUUAGGCAAGAUCGGGACACAGUUGAUUAUUCCAUAUCGAGGAGAUGCCUACUUCAUAAGGGAGUUGAAACUUGCUGGCGAUCUGGGUCAAGUGUUAUUUCAACCAUAUCACUUGCAAGAUGAAGAAUCUAUCAGGAAAGCGGUAAAAUACUCAAAUGUUGUCAUAAAUUUGGUGGGACGUGAUUGGGAAACAAAAAAUUUCAAAUUCAAUGAUGUCCAUGUUGAAGGAGCAAGACGUAUUGCACGUAUUAGUCGCGAGAUGGGUGUUGAACGGUUGAUUCAUGUAUCUGCACUUAAUGUUGAUCCAUUGCCAGCUCCUAUCUAUCUGAAAAAAGGAUCAGGAUUUUUGGCAUCUAAAAAAGUUGGUGAACAAGCAGUAUGUGAUGAGUUUCCUGAUGCUACUAUUUUUCGUCCAUCAGACAUUUAUGGUCAAGGAGAUAGAUUUUUAUUGAUGUACAGUCACGCAUGGCGUCGUAGUCAGCAGAAAGUUGUUUUAUGGAAGAAAGGAGAACAAACAGUUAAACAACCUGUUGCAGUAUCUGAUGUGGCAUAUGGCAUUGUGAAUGCUAUGCUUGAUCGUUCAACAAAAGGGAAAAUUUACCAAGCUGUGGGGCCAACUCCUUAUAUGUUAUCCGAUUUGAUCGAUUGGAUGUUUGCAGUUUUACGCCGUAAUAAGCAAUUCAACUUUGAUUAUAAACGUACUGGUAUCCUGGAAAAUCCUCAAUAUCUAAUAAAAAUGUGGUUAACAGACAAACUCUGUCCCAGUUGGCCUCCAGGUUAUGUUACCUCUGAGCGCUUUGAAAGAGAGUUUGUGAGUGAUAUACUUGAUGAAAGGCUGCCAACGUUGGAAGAUCUAGGUGUUAAACUAACCAAGACAGAAGAGCAUAUACCUUAUGAGCUAAGAUUUUUGAGAGCUUUCCAGUCAUACAUGGAUUCGAUUGGUGAAUUUGAAAACCCAGCUCCUCCACCCCCUUACAUAGCAUCACCGAAGCGUACUUUCACAUAA